GAACACGUGUGAAUUCUGUAUUUCAAGAUGGCGGCGUGCAGUAUCGAAGACGUGCUCGAUAAAGCUGAAAAAGACGAGGCAGAAAGAUUAAAAAGCAUCACCGUAGACAAAGAGUUAGACGUCGAGUUUGAUAUCGGAAAUCUGCUGGCGUUGGACAAGAACUCGAUAAACGCUCGCGAGUUCAAGCAGCAAAAUAAGGACGAGUUUCUUCGCGCGCUGGCGCGUGACAACACUCAGCUGCUGAUUAACGAGAUCUGGAAACUUCCGAGCGAGAAAGUGGACGAGGUGAUCGUGGUCAAGCUGCCUGAUCCCGUCACGCCGUUACCCCGAGAAAAACCAGCCCCCAAGCCGAGACCCCCGACCAAGUGGGAGCAGUUCGCCAAGCUGAAGGGCAUCCAGAAGAAAAAGAAGACGAACCUGGUGUGGGAUGAAGUGCACAAGGAGUGGAAGAGGCGCUGGGGCUAUAAACGGGCCAAAGAUGACACGAAGGAGUGGCUCAUAGAGGUGCCUGAGAGCGCAGACCCGAAUGAGGACCAGUUCGCCAAGAGGAACCAGGCCAAGAAAGAGCGAGUGGCCAAAAAUGAGUUUAACCGCCUGAAGAACAUCGCCAGGGCGCAGAAGGUAAAGGUGCCUGGUGUGGGACUCGCUCCAGCCUCGCAGCAGUCCAAAGCAGAGCUGGCCAAAGCCGUGAGCGUCGCCAAAAGCUCCACAGCUUCGGUGGGAAAGUUCCAGGAGCGACUUCCUAAAGAGAAACCGCAGAGAAACACCGGCAAGAAGAGACAGUUCCAGCCUCUGAUCGGUGACUUCGCCGGAGAGAAGCAGAAACAGCUGGAGAUGCUCAAAGUCAUGGAGAGCAAGAGACCCCGUCUGGACAUCACAAAAGCCGUGAACAAGCAGAUGAGGGAGGAAGACAGUGAAUCUUCAGAAAGGAGAGGAGGAAAGAAGGGACGAAGAGGGAAUGCACCUGGGAAAGGAAGGAGACAUGCUCAGGGUGGAAAAGGGAAGGGUAAAGGUCCCGGAAAGGGUCCCGGAAAAGGUCCCAAAGGCAAAGGACGAAGACCUGCAAUGAAGCAGGGCAAACGAUAGUGACUAUUAACACUUUGAUAUAAUCUGCGUCUUUUUUAUUCAAAACCGAGACACACCUGAGCCUGUUAAUGAGUGUCCUACACCUUCGGGAGUAGAGUACUUUUUCCCUGUCACUUGAGGCGCUACCAUCAUGCAUACAUCCUUUGUACGUUUAAUGUGUCUUACUUGGAAAGAUGUAAACUUACAUUUAGUUUUCAUUGUUUCAAGGCCAAACUUUAAACGUGUGUUGGUGAUCUUUAAGGAUAAAGUUUUAAACCUCCCUGUUAUGGUAGCACUCAUGAGACAAGCAAAGGUCCUGUUUGAUGUCUUUAUUUCUAUAAUUAUCAUAUUGUAAUAACAUUUUCUGGACAAUUUUCUAGAUGUCGUCUGCACUUCUGAAAGAAUAAUCAACCCUUGUUUCAGCAGCAGAUUAUUUUUGUUUUGUUUUGUCAAUGAAAAAAAAGCCAAUUGGUUGACCUUUUGUCAGCAGACUUUAUCUUUCUAAACCAUAGCAAUGUAUAUCGUAUGUAUAUCAAAGAUUGCCUGAUGAACUUCAGAUAUAAUGAUGAUGAUAUUGUGAAUUUUUUUUGCUCUGGUGUACUUGAAGCUAGAACAAAAUAAAAAUGUUGGAACCAUCAAAACUA